AUGCAAACUUUUGAUUACGAGAAAAAUCUCAAAGAAAAAGUCUUGCCGGAGAAAUUGGUUUACACAAAUAUACAUGGAAAAAAUAUAAAUUUGGGAAUAAUACAUUAUUUGGAUGUAUUCCACCGAACCUUGGCCAACAACGUACGCUUCGUGCUUCCAUAUUUUGCCGAAAAAUUUCUUCACAACGAAUGCGUGAUCUGCUAUGAAGAGUUUGUGGAGAGUACGCUAGUACACAAACUUGCCUGCAACCACUCAUUUCAUCUCGAGUGUCUACGUUUGUGGCUUCAUCAAAAAUCUCACUGCCCGUACUGCCGUCGAGAAAUUAAAUUCAAAUGGAAAACCAUCAUAAACUAUGUGACGACGACCAGGAUACUGGAUCUCAAACUUAACGAUCUCCACAUAUAUCUUUCCACUGGGCAUAUGUUUUAUUGA